GUGGGUGCCGGUGGCGCCAUCUUCCCCGGUUGCGGGAGGGUCACAGGUCAGCGCCCGACCCUCGCCGCCAGAAGGAAGACGAGUUGCGGGGGGGCCCGUCCGGGGCCCUCACGACCCGAAGGUACCUUUUCCCAAGGGGCACCCAGGAUUCUCCAAGAGGACAAUGGAGUCUGGCGCUCGACCAGUUGGUAGCUGCUGUAGCAACCCUGCGGGCCUCUCCCGGGAAUACAAAUUAGUGAUGCUGGGUGCUGGUGGUGUGGGGAAAAGUGCCAUGACCAUGCAGUUCAUCAGUCACCGAUUCCCAGAAGAUCAUGACCCCACUAUUGAAGAUGCUUAUAAAAUUCGGAUUCGUAUUGACGAUGAGCCUGCCAAUCUGGACAUUUUGGAUACAGCUGGACAGGCAGAGUUUACUGCAAUGCGGGAUCAGUAUAUGAGAGCAGGAGAAGGAUUUAUUAUCUGUUACUCUAUCACUGAUCGCAGAAGUUUCCAUGAAGUUCGGGAGUUUAAACAACUUAUAUAUCGAGUUAGACGUACUGAUGACACACCUGUGGUUCUUGUGGGAAAUAAGUCUGACCUAAAUCAGCUGAGACAGGUCACCAAGGAAGAAGGACUGGCUUUGGCCCGGGAAUUCAGCUGUCCCUUUUUUGAGACCUCUGCUGCAUACCGCUACUACAUUGAUGAUGUGUUCCAUGCGCUUGUGCGGGAGAUACGUAGGAAAGAAAAGGAGGCAGUCCUCGCCAUGGAGAAAAAAUCUAAACCUAAAAGCAGUGUAUGGAAGAGGCUAAAAUCACCAUUCCGGAAGAAGAAAGACUCAGUUACUUGAAGAUUUGAAGUGUUUAUCUGUGAACUGCAGUGCUUAGGGCAGUCCAGUAACCUGCAUUAGUGAGCGUGGUGCUUAUUCUUUCUCCUGUUAUGACCGUUAUUGUAAAAGUAACUGAUAAAGGGGACAUGCCUACUAGGAGUUUUCAGUUUUCAGUGAUGUGGUAUUUGAAAUGUUGUCUCAGCUAAUUCUGACAUAUUAAUCCCAUGGAGCACUGUCUACUUUGAAAUUGUCACACUAGGAUUUGAUCUGCCAAUGUUUUGGGUUCUGUUGUUGGUGGUGAUUCAUCAAUGUACAUUAUUUAUACCCAGGCGAAUAUGUGUACUAUUAUGUUUUUGAUUGAGUUCACAGGAAGAAUUUUUUUGUCAUGCUCAACUCCAUGUUAUCUUUCAACUUUAUAGUUUUCUGUGACAGUCCCAGAUGGGACCUCAGUCUUUUCACACUGUGCUUCCUGACAAAAAUCAUAGGUAAAUCAGUGCUGAGGAGAUCAGUGCUCAAACUUCAGCAUAUAGCUAUCUGAUGUUGCAGAUUAUGGACCAAAGAAAUUUGGGAAAUCAGGCCAUCUAUUUGAAGGAACUUAGUGGGAAAAAGUAGAAUUAGAACAGUGUUCGUAGUCUGAACCUGGUUUCUCUGAGAAGUGCACAUUUGAUCCAGCUGCACUGGGACUUCGUAGAAGCCUAUAGAAUGUAAUGAAGUUUUUAUUUUCCAUUUCAAGGUUUCAUCUUUACUUUCAAAGGUUAAAACAUUUUGGGAACCAUUACUUGACUAAGCUUGUUUAAAUCCUUGGUCACAGCAGCUAUAUCUUUUACAGAUUUAUUUCCUCCCCUCAGCCCUCCACCAGGAAAUAAAUGCACAUACCAGCACGUUCACAUUCAUGGCCGCCUAGUGCUCUCUCGGCUUCCCUAUGUUAUUUAGAAGAGAAAGGUCUAGCAACAGUUUCUUAGGCCCUUUGUGAGACUGACUGCAUUUUUCCUACAGAAACAACAGGAGUUUGAGUAAAAUAUAUAUGUGCCUCCUUGGCAUCGACAAUCACUAGACCCGGUGCUCUAAGAAAGCCUGUGGUAUUUCUGUUUAAUGAGCCACUCUUGAAGCUUUAAAAUUCCCAUGAAUAAAGUUUCUUGUUGAAGGUUAUUUUAAUCAGGGACCUUGUUAAGUCACCUCAGGGUGAAAAGCUUAGCCUUGACAAAACAGCCUAGAGAACACUUUGAUACCUAUGCAUAAUUGAUAAUCUAUCAUCUUGGAAAUGAAAGAGCUUUAAAAAAUGGUGGUGAGUUCUCUGUUUUUGAGUCAGGAUUAUUUUGCUCUCUGAACAUAAGUGUGGAGAUUAAGUACAAAAGUGCUACAGUAAUGUAGCAUAUGUUGAACAGUUAAUGUCACUGAAGCAUUGUUUGUCUACUUUAAACUCUUAACAUGACUGUAUCACCUCUUAAAAGCAUGCAGCUCAAUUGUUUUUCUUUUUACAGACAAGAGCGGGGCUGUGAUGUUUGUCUUUAUAAUCAAUGGUCUGUGUUCUAGGUUUAAAGAAAAGUGAUGGUUGUAACUGUUUUAGUUGAGUAAUGGUCCCUUUUGGAAUUGUUGAAAAUGUUUUUGCUACUAAAUAAAUCAUGUUUU